UAGAGGCCAUUGUACUGAAUUUAACCUGUAUAUCAACAGUAACAGUGUAGUCUCCACCCAGCAGAGGGAGACAUAAGCUUUGUAGCUGGGUGUGAUAAGCAGCCAUGCUCCUGCUGCUGCUGCUGUUGCUGCAGUAAAGCAUGGACGGAGUUCAGGUCUGUUUCGGACCGCAGUAUCUGGUCUUUAGGCUGUGUGUAGAUUUGUAGACGACUUCUCUAUGUAACCUGGACUGGCACUGAGAUAAUCAUGAGAGGAUAAGAGAUAUGGAAGAAGUGAGGAACUGUUUGAGAUCUAUGCCUAAAGAAGCUCGUGAGCUUUAUUUGAACAACUCAGUCCCAUACCUAGAUGGGUCCCUCUCUCCACUACAGUUCUAUCGGGACUGGAUUAGUCCUAAUAAGCCCUGCAUCAUUCGCAAUGCCUUCAGUGAUUGGCCAGCUUUGUCUAAAUGGAACCCUGCGUACCUCAGAGACGUUGUUGGUUCCAAGGUCAUCAGUGUGGCAGUGACUCCAAAUGGCUAUGCAGAUGCUGUGAACGGAGAUCGUUUUGUGAUUCCUGAAGAGCGCCAGAUGACCUUCUCCUCCUUGCUGGAUAUAAUAGAGGGCAAGGAGAAAAGCAACGGAGUGUUUUAUGUGCAGAAGCAGUGCUCCAACCUGACUGAGGAACUACCAGAGCUUACAGGAGAUGUACAGACUCACAUCCCAUGGAUGAGUGAGGCGCUCGGGAAGCUCCCUGAUGCUGUAAAUUUUUGGUUAGGAGAGGAACAUGCAGUCACUUCAAUGCAUAAGGACCAUUAUGAGAACCUAUACUGUGUCAUCUCUGGAGAGAAGAGGUUUAUUCUGAUCCCUCCCACUGACCGACCAUUUAUACCAUAUGAGCUUUACCAGCCAGCUACAUACAAACAGAAACAAGAUGGCAGUUUUGAGAUUGUGGAUGAAGAGGAUUCAGAAAAAGUGCCUUGGAUCCCACUAGACCCCCUGAAUCCAGACUUGGAAAGAUACCCAUUCUACAGGCUGGCCCAGCCCCUGUACUGCACAGUGAAGGCAGGAGAGAUGCUUUAUCUCCCCUCUCUCUGGUUUCAUCAUGUCCGCCAGUCUCAUGGAUGCAUAGCAGUAAAUUUCUGGUAUGAUAUGGAUUACGAUAUAAAGUAUAACUACUUCCAGCUGGUGGAAUCUCUGACUGGAGCUGUGGGAUCCGUAUGACAUCAUCUAAACAUCAACAUUCAAGUUUUUGGUAUAAUAUAGUAAUCUUUCUUAGCACCAGUGAAGUAGUGCAAGGAGCAAAUAAGACCAACCUGUUUGUCCUUAUGUGCCCAUCAAUUACCUGGUGUGAUGAUUCCUCUAAACAGGAAUCAUUCCCAUUCAUGAUGUACCCUUGUACAUGUACAGUGUAUGCAUCUAUAGGUACCAUUUCUCAGAUUUGGGAGUAAAAUUAAGGGGCAAGUUCAGUCAUAAUCACAUUUAUACCAAUUAGCCUUUUUAUCAGAUUCAAUGAACAGUAAGGAGCUCUUGUAGUUUUAGAAUUACAGACUGUAGUUUCUCUACAUAAUUAUCCUCCUUUCACCACAGAGCAGGUAUUAUUUGGGUGGUGGGUCAUUCUCAGCAGUGCAGUGACACUGGCAUGGUGGUUGUGUGUCUGUGUGUUCUGCUGGUAUAAGUGGGUCAGACACAAUUGUGUCUGUGUGUGUACUGCUGUGUCUGAUUGAAUCGCCUCCACCAUGUCAAUUUCACUGCAGUGCUGACUACAGGGUCUAAUUCUACACCAAAAAAGGGCUUUUAUACUUUACAGCUUUAUCUAUGAAGCGAAUAUAAUGGACAUUAAGUGUAGAAAGAAGGGGAUAGUGUUAAUAAUAUGGCUGAUCAGUGCGUGUGUGUGCGCGCGCGUGUUACCUUAAUGUCAAAGUCAUGCUGUCAAGUGCAGUAAAUAACAAAAGUUGCUGUAUAAUAAAUACAGUUUUAUUCACAUACUUGAGAUUUUUUUUAUUCCAGAGGACAAUGAAGAUAAAAAAUAUGUAAUUGUUGAUUGGUGCAACACAAACAAGCCAUGAGUUUGGCAAACAAGCAAAUGAGAAACAGUCUUAAACCCAUCUGGUCCAAUUUUAAAUGCUAUUCUAUGUUAUUUGUUGCCCAUACAGGAGAUGAGAACAGAGCCAGGAAGCCACAGAGGUAGCACUGAAUGGCAAAGUGCUGAAUGACUGUUUAUGAGGCAAGUCAAAUAUUCAACCAUGCAUUCUAGUUCAGAGAACAGAUCAGCCUUAAAGUCCAUCGCUCUGCAUGCAUACAGAGUAGAUUCAUGCUAGCAGUAAAAUAACUCCACCUCUGGCAUUAGCUACAAUCCUACAUCUUCAGUUCAGUACACUCAGUUUAGCUAAAUGAUUAAUAUGCUUAAUCCAUUGAUUUAAAACAUAUCUGAUACCUCUGCUUAUUCAGUUGCUAUUAUUGGUCUCAUGCAUAUUUAUACGUGUGUAUAAAAAUUAGCACUUUUUUUUUUU